AUAACUGUUUUGAGUUAAAAAGUUUUUUUAAUUUUAUUGUAUCCUAGAGAAAUAGUGGCUGCUAAUCCAUUUUUUUGACAAGCCACCGACUGUUUAUCGCAAUUGUAAUCUGAAGUGAAUAUUUUACGUGACUGAAUUGUGGUUACUGUUGUCGGGUUCGGAUCCACCUCCAAGUUUUGAUUUGUACCGGUUGGUAUUAUAAGUAAAUAAUAACGGAACCAAUCAGCACAUACACGGGUAGUGGCGGACAAAUGUGUUACAACUGGCAGUAAUUUUUUUAAUGCAUAAUGUAAUUUUUCUAGACAUUGACGUUGUUUUAUAGAAAUGUAUUUAUCGUUUAAUUUAAUUCAUGUAUUGAACAUUACUGUAAAGACGUGCAGAAUUCUUAUUUAUAGGCAUCACCAAGUGAUGGUGUAAAAAUAUUGUUUGUAGUUUCGAAAGAUUGAUGAAAAAGCAUGAAUCCCUUGAAAGAUAAUGAAGAUGUUGCCUGCUUUGUUGUCACAAAGUUAUCUUGGAAAGGAAGAUAUAAAAGGAUAUUUUCCAUUGGUACAAUGGGCAUAUCUACUUAUAGUCCAGCCAAAUUAGAAGUUACAAAUCAAUGGUUUUAUAGUGAUUUUAUCAGUAUUCUUCCAAGUACUGCAAAAGGUCAGACAGAUGAAUUUGUAAUUAAUAUGAAGAAAGGUAGAAAAGGAGACUCGAUGAAAUUUUCAUCUGAUCUUAGAGCUGAUAUACUCACUGAAGCUUUGAGGUUCAGAAAUAAAUUUGCUGAGUCAUCUUAUGUGUCAAUAAGUUACCGUGCUUCAAAGUUACACUGGUCAGACAGUACCCUGCCAGUUUUAUUAGAGCUUGGCCCUGCAUCAAUAGAGCAGAAAGAUGUCACAAGUGGCAGUGUAAUUACAGCAUAUGAUUAUAAAGACAUUGAAAAACUUGUUCUUGUGUCUGACAGAGAGGGUGGUUUUGUUAUUGUAUGUAGUGAAUUUGGUCGGCAACACUUUUACAUAUGUGAUAAAAGAGAUGAGAUAAUGAAGAAAAUUGUUGAAAGUGCAUCUAAUAAUAUAGGUGUUUGUAUAAAAAUUGAUAAAGAUUCUACAACUACUCAGAAGUUUUGGGAGGAAAGGUUAGGUAAAUUUAGUUCAGAUGAAGCUAUAACAUCAGUAUGUGACUUUACUGUUCAUAAGGAAUCUCGGAGGUAUAAUGAACCCGUAAAAAGAAUUUUAGGUUUGACAGAAACAUGUUUAAUUGAAAGAGAUCCACAAACAUAUUCAAUAGUUACAAUAAGGCCAUUAGCAAAUAUUUAUGCUUUAGUAAGGCAUCCGGAUAAUCCUCAAAAAUUUCUGGUUGAAUAUAUUUCUGGACAAGUUAGGUCAUAUACUUCUACUGAAAGGGAUGCACUUUUAGCAACUCUUUUAGAUGGUGUGAGAGCUUCUGGAAACUGUGAUGUUCAUGUUAAAAUGCAGCACACAAAUCGAGGCCAAAGAUUUGGACCUUUUUAUUUGCCAGUAGAUGAAGAAAUAGAAACUAAUCUCCUUCGCUUUUUAGUUACACUGCCAGUUAGGUGGGAUUUUGCAAGAGCUGUGAUACAAUUUAAUAAUAAUAUUUCAUAUAAAGGUUUAAUUCAUGCAUCACUUCAGGAGAACAAAGAAAAACUCAUACAGUCUGCACUGAAUUCCUUACUUGAAAAAGAUGGUGAUGUAGAGCAGUCUCCUCCAGAAGUAAUAGAAGCUCAGUUUCAGUGUAUUAGAAGACUUGUUGCAUCAAAAAUAGGAUUUGCUACUUUUACUCUUAUUCCAUCAUUUAGGGAAAAAUUAGGCAUAAAAGUUGUGAAAGCUUUAAAACGCAAUAAUGCUGGUGUUGCUCAUGCAAGUAUUGACAUGCUGUGUGCUCUUAUGCAGCCCAUGCAUGAUGAUUAUGAUUUAAGACAGGAGCAACUAAACAAAAGUUCUUUGUUAUCUACCAAAAAAUUUUUAGAAAGCCUGUUGGAAAUGUUUGUGGAACAUAUAGAUAAAGGAACUGGUGCUUUAGUUGUAUCUUCCAUGUUAGACUUCCUUACAUUUGCAUUGUGUGCUCCAUAUAGUGAAACAACUGAUGGUUCUCAUUUUGAUACUUUACUUGCAAUGGUUGCUGAUUAUGGGCGCCAGCUUUUUCGUCUUUUUCAGCACACAUCUUUGGCAAUAGUUAAAGGUGCAGGUCUCCUUAUGAAAGCUAUCAUAGAGGAAGGGGAUGUUGAAAUAUCGGCAAAGAUGCAAGAACUGUCAUUAGCAGAAGGAGCAUUACCUCGUCAUUUGCAUAUAGCAAUGUUUACAAAUAGCACUGACACUCGUCUGUUAACUAUGCAACAACUAUCUCGUCAUUUAGUUGGUUUAUGGAUUACUGGGCAUCCAACUGCAAUGGGCCUGCUUAAGCGAAUAUUGCCAACUGGACUGCUUGCCCAUCUUGAUUCAACUGAAAAAGUACCUCAAAAAUCUGUUGAUUAUAUAAACAUUCGAGAUAAUUUGCAGAUUGCUGUGGAUCAAAGCCAAAAGACUGGGCGUAAAUUACCACCUUCUAUCCAGGUCCUUGAAAAACAUUUAGAAUUUGUUUUGCAGCAUUGGCGUGCAAGAAUUGGAAUGCCAAAAAAAGAGCUGAUAAUUGGAAAUUCAUGUAUUCCUGAGGAUAAAGUACAACAACGUCCAAUAGUUCUUCGCAAACGAAGGGAAAGAGUAAAAAAUGAAGCUAAUUGGCCGAUGUUUUAUUAUCAGUUUAAUCAAGAUCACACCAAACCUGAUUUAAUAUGGAAUUAUAGAACAAGAGAAGAGUUAAAGGAUGCCUUAGAAAAAGAAAUGAGAGAUUUCAAUUUAGAUAGAGAACUAAGUAGGUCUACUGUGAUUUCUUGGAAUCAUACAGAAUUUGAAGUACAUUAUAAUUCUUUAGCUGAAGAAAUAAAAAUUGGAGAUUAUUAUUUGAGACUUUUGUUAGAAGAAGAUGAAAAAGAUACUACUGAUAGUUCCUACAUUAGAAAAUCGUAUGAAUUUUUUAAUGACCUAUACCACAGAUUUCUUUUAUCUCCAAAAACAUCAAUGAAAUCAAUGUGCUUACAAGCCAUGGCUAUUGUAUAUGGUCGUCAUUUUGAAGAUAUUGGCUGUUUCAAUGAUACACGGUUUGUUAUCAGUAUGCUAGAUAGAACAACAGAUAAACUGGAGCGAGACCGCUUAGUCAUUUUUGUAGGAAAAUUAAUUUUAGAUAAAAGAAAUGUUAAAGAAAUCAUUGAUGCUGGAGGUCUUAGAAUAUUAGUGGACCUUUUAACAUUGGCUCAUUUGCAUACAAGUCGUGCUACUGUACCUACGCAGACAAAUGUUAUAGAAGCUUCUCCUGAUAUGAUGCUGAUGACCGAGAAGGAAUGGUAUUACAGGAAUGCUGAAAAAGAACGCCAUGGCCCCUUUGGCUUUUCAGAAGUUAAAGAUCUUUGGAAUGAAGGAAUAAUAAAUCCCAAAACAAAAUGUUGGGCACAAGGAAUGGAUGGUUGGAAACCUAUACAUAGCAUACCCCAACUCAAAUGGUGCCUGAUGGCUACAGGAAACGCUUUGAUGAAUGAGAGUGAUUUAGCGAAUGAAAUUCUUAGAAUGCUAAUUAAAAUUUGUGAAUAUUUUCCUAGUCGUGAUUCAGAUGGCUCAAUCAUUCGUCCUUUACCUAGAGCUAAACGACAGUUAUCAGAUUCUACAUGUUUGCCACAUAUUGUUCAACUCCUUCUUACUUUUGAUCCUGUAUUGGUGGAAAAAGUGGCUAUAUUAUUGACACAUAUAAUGGUGGAUAACCCAGCAAUUUCAAGGCUCUAUCUUACUGGUUUCUUCUUCUUUAUUCUAAUGUAUACUGGAUCUAAUUUGUUACCAAUUGGUAACUUGUUGCAAAUAUCUCAUUCUUGUCAAGCCUUUAGAUGUGAAGAGAUUCAAGCUUCUUCAAUUAUGCAACGCAGUAUUCUAGGUCAGUUGCUUCCUGAAGCUAUGGUAUGUUACCUGGAAAACCAUGGAGCUGAGAAAUUUGCUCAAAUAUUUUUAGGUGAAUUUGAUACACCUGAAGCUAUAUGGAGUAAUGAAAUGAGGCGUAUGAUGAUCGAAAAAAUAGCUUCCCACAUCGCAGAUUUCACUCCACGCUUGCGUUCUAAUACAAGAGCAUUAUAUCAGUAUUGUCCAAUUCCUGUCAUACAAUAUCCUCAGCUGGAAAAUGAACUUUUUUGCAACAUAUAUUAUCUUCGACAUUUGUGUGAUACUCUCCGUUUUCCAGAUUGGCCUAUAAAGGAUCCUGUAAAGUUAUUAAAAGAUGUUUUAGAUGCUUGGAAGCAAGAAGUAGAAAAGAAACCACCAGUUUUAUCUUUAGAUGAAGCAUAUGAAACUCUUGGACUAAAACGAGAAAAUCAGCCUGAGGAAAAUGUAAUUAGGAAGUCAUAUUUCAAGCUUGCUCAAAAGUAUCAUCCAGACAAAAACCCAGAUGGUCGAGAAAUGUUUGAAAAUGUCAACAAAGCGUAUGAAUUCCUGUGUAGUAAAUCAUCAAGACAGUGCGAAGGACCUGAUCCACAUAAUGUUGUCCUUAUUUUGAAAACCCAGACUAUUCUCUUUAGUCAUUAUAAAGAUGUUUUACAUCCAUAUAAAUACUCAGGUUAUCCUAUGCUAGUGAAGACAAUAAGAUUAGAAACCAAUGAUUCUCAGCUUUUUUCCAAAACUGCCCCAUUACUGGCUGCUGCAGCAGAAACUGCGUACCAUACAGUCAAUUGCUCGGCAUUGAAUGCUGAAGAAAUGCGAAGAGAAGGUGGUCUUGAGGCAUUACAAGAAGCAUUUUCUCGUUGUGUUGGAGUAUUAAGCCAUUCAUCUAAAAUGGAGGACCUAUCUACGCAAGUUUGUAUCCAUAUAUCUCGUUGCUUUGCUGUUGCUGCACAAUUUAGAGGCUGUAGAGAACGCAUGAUUGAAAUGCCUGACAUGAUUAAAGAUUUGUGUAGAAUAUUAUACUUUAAUCAUCUAACAAAAUUGUGUGCUGUCGUUGUGGAAUGUAUCAGUGCUUUGGCCAUAAAUGAUGUUCUCCAGACUCAUUUAUAUCAAGCAGGUGUUUUGUUUCAUUUACUUAAAUUCCUUUUCAAUUAUGAUUACACUUUAGAAGAAGGUGGUGUUGAGAGAGCAGAGGAAUCAAACAAGCAGGAGAUUGCAAAUCAACUAGCCAAACUUAGCAUUAAUGCCUUAAGUAGAAUAGGAGGUUAUGGUUCUGGAGAAGAUGAAACACCAAAAAAUGAUGCAGUGCAUAUGUCUCUGACUGCUAUGUUAACACCUUAUUUAGUAAAUCAACUUGGGCAUGGUGAUGUUGCUGAAGUGUUAAAAAUAUUGAAUAGUAAUACAGAAAAUCCAUAUCUUAUUUGGAAUAAUGCAACUCGAGCAGAACUGAAUGAAUAUCUGGAAAUCCAAUGUAAAAAUAAAAUACGUUCUGGUGAAUGUGAUCCUACUUAUGGAAGUGACUUUAAAUUUUCUGCUCAUAGUUCAGAGCUCAUAAUUGGAGGAGUAUUUGUCCGGAUUUAUAACGAGCAACCUACAUUUCCACUUGAAAAUCCUAAACAUUUCAAUUUAGAAUUAUUAGACUUUUUAUGUUCCCAAGCUCAGUAUCUUUAUUCUCUAAUGUCUUUACAAUCAUCUGGAGUUAAAGCUGAGACAAAUCAGACUAGAUUAAAAAAUGUGGAGAUGGCAUUAGAAGCUUUGCGAAAUGUUAUUCGAAACAAUCCUGGUGUUGAAAUGCAAUGCAUUGGACAUUUCAAACUUCUUUUCAGUCUUCUCAGGCUAGAUAAUUGUCCUCAUGUGCAGGCCCUUGCUAUUGACGUCAUUGCUGGUGUUACUGGAAACCAGGAAUGUGUGAAUGAUAUUGCUGCUAGUGAUGUCCUUGUUUAUCUUCUCCUUGUUUUACAUUCCUUUCAGCUCUCAGCUAGUCAAAUAACUGUCUUGGAAAUUCUUUUGCCGUUAAUGUCCAAUGGAAAACUAGUCAAAGAUGCAAUGGCUAAAGGUGGAGUAAUUUUUAAACGCUUUCUGAAUUUUUUCAUGUUUAACUUUGCAUAAAAAGAAAUAAGUCUUUUCAG